AUGGGCCUUCUCCCACUGCACGCAGCCGGGGAUGCAACUCGCAGGACGAUGGACUACGUCAUUUCCAGUUAUAUUCCCACGAUUCAGGUGCUCCAAUCUUGCCGGGAAAGACGUCGUAUGUCAUUCCGCGAGCAUAAGCCGAAGAUGCUCCUUGUGUCUGCGCCAGAAAAGCUCGAUCGACAGACGUUGAAGACAAACGUCGAGCUCGAGUCCAUCAGAGAAGGCCUUCAGGUUCAUCAAGUGUCCUACACGAUGCUUGAUAGGCCCUCGCACGAUGACGUAUUGCGAGAGCUCCCCGAGCACCAUCUGCUCCAUUUCUCACGCCAUGGCUAUUCAAACGCUACUGAUCCAUCGAAAAGCGCGUUGGAGCUUGUCUGCACAGCUGAAGAUGGAGCAAUCUCGCAGCUCACAGUAAGAGAUCUGUCACUCAUUGGUUACGAAAAAGCUCAGAUUGCGUAUCUCUCUGCGUGCUCGACAGCCGAGAACUCGUCCGAUGAACUCCUAAAUGAGGUCAUACAUAUCGCCAGUGCUUUUCAGCUCAUUGGGUUCCCCCAUGUCGUCGGGACACUCUGGGAGGUCAGCGACAGAGCUGCCGUUGAAGUAAGCAGACUCUUUUACGAACAGCUGGGCCGGCAGAUGCGCAAUUGUGACGAGUCACAUAUCGCAUGCUGUCUCCACGAAGCUCUCCAGACAUACCGGGAAAGCAGGAAAGUUUCAAGAGCGAAUGAUGUCCUUUCAUGGGCCCCAUUUAUCUACAUGGGUGCAUAA